CGUCUUAUCUGAAGAUCGCCCUGUAAAACUUCAGCAGGACCCCACACGGACGAUACAACGUGGUUGAAUCGUAUCGCCCACGCAAAGAGUCGGCCGCUGUCUCUCAGUCCUUGGAUAACCGUGCUGGUUGAAGAAUUUCCAAAAAUGGCCAGGAAAAGAAAAGUUUCCCGCAAGCCGGAGCCAAGCGGGCCGCGGGAAGUCGAUGUCAAGGACGCCCGCCUCACCAUCAAGACGUUUGAAGACGUCGCCAAUUCGGAGGACGAGUACUACGCCAACCAGGACCGCAUUGACUUUGACGAUGAUGACGAGCCGCGCUCGAAACGCCUCAAGAGGCAGGACAGGGAGGAGGCUUUCCUAGAAGCUUCGGACGAGGAGGUCUUUGAGGAGGAGGACGGAUCAGAGGAAAGCGAAGAGGAGAAGGUGCCACCAAAACGAAAAGGAGCCAAAGCCUCUGCGGCGCCGGACGAUGAUGUGUCUGAGAGUGGAGAGCGGAGAGGCGAGGUAGAAGAGGGUGAUGAGGGCUGGUGGGGUUCUUCGAGGAAGGAGUACUACAAUGCUGACAACAUCGAGACGGAGGCCGAUGCCCUGGAAGAGGAGGCAGAGGCGCGGCGUCUCCAGGCCAAGAAGCUGGCCAAAUUGCAAGAGGCCGACUUUGCCUUUGACGAGAGCGAAUGGCUCGCGCCCAAGGAGCAAACUGGGGAGGAUGAAGAAAUCACGACAGAAGUCCUGAAGGAGGUGGAGGUAACCGACGAUAUGGGACCUGAGGAAAGACUCAGGCUUUUGCAGGCUAGGUAUCCCGAGUUUGAGUACCUGGUGGACGAAUUCAGGGAGCUGCAGCCACUUCUUCCUGCAUUACAGAAAGAAGCAGAGGGGAAACCUGCCAAAUCACUGGAAGUGGUCAAGUGUUGGCUUCUCAGCUGCUAUAUUGCUUCCUUGGCGAGCUACUUUGCGAUCCUAAUGUCUCCCUCCCGAGACGGAAAUGGCUCAGCCGCAACUUUGAGCCCUUCAGAACUCAGAGACCACGAGGUCAUGGAGACUCUGGUGAAAUGUCGGGAGGCGUGGCUGAAGGUCAAACAGCUCAAGUCGACCAAGACAGUUGCUGCUAGCACCGGAAUGCUCUCACCCCCCGACAAGGAGGAUCUGGAGAUGCUCGACGCAGCACCGCUUCCGGAGCAGAAGGCAAAGAAGAAGAAACUCUCCAAGGCCGAGAUCAAGGCCAACCAAAAGAAGGCGUCUGAGAAGGCCGAGAAGGCCAAAGCGGUUGAGCAGUCUCUCGCGGAGCUGUCCGCACUGCUCAAAAGCACCAAGAAGGCUAGCAGGACAACUGGAGCGCCCGUCUCCGCGAACAAUGUCGAAAUGGACGAUAACCGCUCCGACUUCGGCGAGGAAGAGACCCUUGACGCCCGCACCGCCGCCGACAAGGCUCGUCGCAAGAAGAGCCUUAAGUUUUACACAUCCCAGAUCGUCCAAAAGGCUAGCCGCCGGGCCGGUGCCGGGCGCGACGCCGGUGGUGACAUGGACAUCCCGUACCGCGAGCGACUUAGGGACCGCCAAGCUCGGCUGAACGCCGAGGCUGAACGGCGCGGCAAGAAGGGCAGCAAGUUCGGCGCCGACCUGGGCGGCGAGGACAGCGAUGGCGAGGACGCCGUGGCCAAGCAGGUCCGUGGCGAGGAGGACGAGUACUACGACAUGGUGGCGCAGACGGCACAAAGGAAGCGGGCCGACAAGGCGGCGCGGUACGAGGCUAUAGCGCAGGCGCGCAAGGGAGAGCGCGUCGUCGAGACGGAGCAGAUCGGGCCGGACGGAAAGCGGCAGAUCUCGUACCAGAUCCAGAAGAACAAGGGGUUGACACCUCACCGGAAGAAGGAAGUGCGCAACCCGCGUGUCAAGAAGCGGAUGAAGUUCGCCGAGAAGCAAAAGAAGCUGCGGAGCGUCAAGGCUGUAUACAAGGGCGGCGAGGGCCCGGGAGGCUACCAGGGAGAGCUGUCGGGUAUCAAGACGGGCCUGGUCAAGAGUGUCAAACUAUAAGAGAGGUAGAUUGGUGGUUGAAAGAAAUGCACGCUGCAGCCCCUUGCUGGCUUGCAUGCAGUAAACACUUU